AACGACCAGCCUUUUUCAUCAUUCGCUCUCUUAUCUUUCUUUUCCCCGGAAACCUCCUUGAUUUUCUUUUGGCUCCAAGCCAUCUCCUUAACAUCUCUGCAAGAAGCAAAACCCUUUUUUAAUGUACCAGUGAGAACCCUGUUGUGACCUCAUCUUUCUUUUUUCUUUUCUUUUUUAUCCUUAAUCUCAGAGCUAGGCAUGGAUAAAGCACUGAGUGUUGAUCAAAGGAAAGCAAGCGGAAAGGCGAAAGCGAAGAAGACAACAACCAAACCAUUCAAAGUAGUGUACAUCGGCAACCCCAGAAUGGUGAAGGUCAAGGAGUCAGAAUUCAGGGCUUUGGUGCAAGAACUCACUGGCCAAGAUGCCGACAUAUCAGACCCCACUGUGUUUGAAGAGAUCCACGAUGUCGGUGGCAAUCAAAAGGUUCCUGAUGUUGCUAACAAUGAGAAUGAACUUGAACUGGACGUCCCUCCAGUGGACCGUGGUGAUGAGCCACCUCAGAUGUCUGAUAUUCCGAUGGAGCAGUUGGAUGAUGUCUUCACGCCUCAGCUACUGGAGAAUUUCACCGGCCUAUUGCAGUCCACUUUGUGGUAUGAAUCUCCUCAUGUUAAUGUGCUGAGGAGCCUUUAAGACUCUGUAAAUUGAGUAAGCUUUCUUAUGCCUACCCCUACAAGUAUGAUGCUUAUAACUGUUGUCUGUAUUCAUGUUUGGUCCUUGUUCUAAUUUAAGGAAAAAAAAAUGGUGGUUUCUUUUC